AUGAUCGUCAAUGAACUGUGGCUAACUUUGCCGUGUCAGUCUCAGUGGUUUGGGGUGGUGAUGGAUAGUGGUUUGGUGAUGGUGAAAGGAGGGUCGUUGAUGGUAGUUGUCAGGGAUGUUACAACAUGGUUUGUGACAAGAAGGUGGGGCGUCGAGGUCUCACUAGGACAGGGUACUCGUCGGGGAACUACGGCUAACUACGGCGUAGUGAUAGGUCGAGUGUCCGUCUCAGUGGUUCGGGUGGAGGUUGGUGAUGAUGAAAGGAAGGUCGGUGAUGGUAAAAGGAGGGUCGGUGAUGGCGGUUGUCAGGGAUGUUACGAAGUAGUUUGUGACAUUUUUACACAAAGUGGCUGCAUGGCCUACCCUGCCCAUGAUCCCGCUCCAUUGAUUCCCUGGGUUUUGAGUGAAGUGGCUUUUACUGUGGACAGAAAGUCUCAGGUUGAAAUUGUCCGCGUCCAGCCUGAACUUCUGACUUUUUAG